GACCAAUGGACACAACACAUUUUGUAAUAACAUUUUCUCACACACAAGCUUUUGCUCCCUGUCUUAAAAUCACUUCACGAUCUUCCUUCUUACCCAUAUUUUAGUUGAGGCCAAAAAGAAGCUGAGCUUCUAAAGAUUGAAAAACUAAGGCAUGGAAACUGGAGGAGACCGUGUGACACAAAGAGAGAAAGUGAAGUACCAAGGGAGAGACUUUUUUUUUUUCUUUAAUUAAUGAUAUGGCAUGCUGGAGUUACAACAAGCUUUGCAUUGAAGGUGUUUGCUCAAUUUCCUUAUAAAGAGCGUUUCCAAGAAUUGGAUAAUUUGAUUCAUCCUUGAACAAAAAAUAGAACGAAAAGGCAAUGAAAAUUCUGGGAGUUUCGCUAUUCUUCUUCAUCUUUCUUGCUCCAUUUGCAUUUGUGACUGUGCAAGCUUUCACCGGAACGUAUGGUAUUAAUUAUGGAAGAAUUGCCAAUAACCUCCCAUCACCAGAUGAAGUUGUCACGCUUCUUAAGGCAGCAAAAAUAAGGAAUGUUCGAAUUUAUGAUGCUGAUCAAAGUGUCCUCAAAGCAUUUAGUGGGACAGGGCUGGAAAUCGUGGUUGGACUUCCUAAUGGAAAUCUGAGAGAUGUGAGUGCCGAUGGUGAUCAUGCGAUGAGUUGGGUCCAGGACAAUGUGUUAGCAUAUCUUCCCGAUACAUGUAUCCGUGGGAUUGCUAUAGGGAAUGAAGUCUUAGGUGGGAGUGAUCAAUUUUCGGGAUUUCUUCUAGGUGCAGUUAAGAAUGUUUACAAUGCAGUAAAUAAACUUAAAUUAAGUGAUGUAGUUCAGAUUACCACAGCACAUUCACAGGCGGUUUUUGCAAAUUCCUUCCCUCCCUCGUCAUGUGUAUUCCGAGAUAAUGUUGUUCAGUACAUGAAGCCACUGUUGGAGUUUUUUUCCCAAAUUGGCUCCCCUUUCUGUUUAAAUGCUUACCCAUUUCUAGCCUACAUGUAUGAUCCGGAGCAUAUUGAUAUUAAUUAUGCUCUCUUCCUACCAACAGUGGGAGCAAAUGACCCGAAAACUAAGUUGCAUUAUGAUAACCUGCUUGACGCACAGAUUGAUGCAGCCUACGCUGCUUUAGAAGAUGCUGGGUUUAAAAAGAUGGAAGUCAUAGUCACAGAGACUGGGUGGGCUUCACAUGGAGAUGAAAAUGAAUCUGCAGCAACCGUGGAUAAUGCAAGGACAUAUAAUUACAAUUUGCGAAAAAGACUUGCAAAGAUGAAAGGAACUCCGCUGAGGCCAAAAAAUGUCGUUAAGGCAUAUGUUUUUGCACUCUUUAAUGAAAAUUUGAAGCCUGGACCAACUUCUGAGAGGAAUUUUGGACUGUUUAAACCUGAUGGGAGCAUUUCGUACGAUAUUGGGUUUCCUGGUCUUAAAUCUUCAUCUGCAGAUUCAUUACUGUUGUCUUUGAAGGAUAAUCGAGGUUGCGGUUGGUGUGGAUGCUAUUCGAUAAUAUUAACAAUGGCUACUGCAUUCCUGCUUGUUUUCUCAAGAUAGUGAUCAAACAUGUGUUGGGGCUUCAUUCAGUUGAUGCCAAAGCCAGCACCCAUAAAUUCUACACUUAUAGAUUUAUUAAUGAUUACUUAUUUUCAUGUUAAACUUUAGAAAACAAACCAACAUACCUGAUUUUGGAUCUUUAGGAACACAUGAUUUGCUCUUUAUAAAUAAUAGAAAAUGUGUUUCUUGUGCAUGAAGAAAUCUCUCUUAUAAUUGUAGGUACAUAUAAAUGCAUAUGCUGAUGGGGGUUUCUUAAGCCAUUUUUAAUGGCAUAUGCCGAUGGUUUUCUUCGGCUGGUGAUUGGUUCUCCGGUCGAGAGGUGAUGAGGAAGUUGGGGAGCAAAGGAAACUAAGGUCAGAAGGGCGUCGGAGGAGCAAAAAUAGAAUAAUAUAGUGAGAAAGAAGAUGAAAAGUUUGAGAUUUUUGGGUAACCUCAUGGCCUCAUGGAAUCUUGGAGUUGCAUUGCAUGUUCCAUGUUCUCGCCAGCUAGCUAUAUGAUGGGAAGAAAAUAGUGAACAAGCUCCUUUAUCUUUAUGAACCAGUUUAAAGCUUGUUUAAUAUUGUUCGAUUAUAACAAAAUUAUUAUUUUUUAAUUACUAAAUUUUUUUGGAUA